AAAAAACAACAACACAAAAUGUCUAACACUUCGACCAUGGAGUCAACACUAAGUUCCGGCGGCUCAAACGCUUCCAGCGAGUGCGCCGUUGACACGGGCGGCGGCAGCAUCGGCAGCAAAAGUCGCUGCCGCACUUUAGAAGCAACGCUCUGCAGCGUCGUCCAUCACAAUGGAUCGCAAUCGAGCAACGGGAACGCAUCCUUAAGCCAGGAGGUUAAGGAUCUCUAUCGCACCUUAUACACCGUCUCCAAGCAGCUGGACGAUGCCAAGCGAAAUGUGCAGAACAUUGGUCAACUGUUCCAGCACGACAUCGAGGAGAAACGCGCCAAUCUAGUGCAGCUAUGCAAGCAGAUCAUAUUCAAGGACUAUCAAUCGGUGGGCAAAAAGGUGCGCGAGGUGAUGUGGCGACGUGGAUACUACGAGUUCAUCGCUUUUGUGAAGAAGCAUUCGCAUAAGCAGGGCAUGGAUGAAGAGCAAAUGCAGAAAUUGGAACGCUUCUUAUGCGCCGGCAUCUUCAACUACAAACGACUUUCGGCCAAAAUGGAGGAGAUCUAUGAUUUGGAUUUAAAGUAUCUUAUUGAUUUCUCCAUCAUCAGCGAAGGCUACAUUAGCGAUUUUAUUGGCGACUCUUCGGCUGUGGGCCAGGAGGUGGAGCCAUCGGGAGCCGGAGCUGUCGAUAAGAGUCUGGAGGCCGUGUCCUUUGCUUUGGACACCAUACACUCAUCGCUUCUUAGCUUGGGUGAUUUGCAUCGCUAUUUUCUGGACUUUCGCAUUGACAGCCAGCUGAGUUUGAGCAUCAGCAAGGAGCAGGUGGCAAAGUAUUAUUUGGAAGCAUUCAAACUGAAUCCGGCCAUUGGCAUGGCUCAAAAUCAGCUGGGAACCCUCUACUAUGGCCAAAACUAUGAUUUGGACUCAACUUAUCACUAUCUGUACUCUUUGGUGUGCAUUAUUCCAUUCGAGCUGAGUGAAAACAAUUUGAACAAAUUGUUUGCCAAGCACACCGAGUAUCUGGAGCAAAUGGAUCCUGCUAAAGUGGAUUUCAACAUUGAGGAUUUCUAUGCACGUUUCUAUUUGAUUGUGGACAUAUUCUUCUUUGACAAGGAAGUGCCCGAUUUCAAUUCCCUGUGCCAUUGCGUGCUCAUCGAUUUGCGCAAGAUUCUCUGCGCCCAAAUGCUGCGUGUGCCCGAAUCAAGCAUCUUUAAAAUCAUCUCCAUACUAUUCUUUUGCCUCUCCAAACUCAAGAUGAUUAAUUCGCCCAAGGUCUAUUCAUUGCACGCCUUUCUGGUGGCCGCCUGCUCCGAUCUUAUGGAUGCCUGCAUUGUCAACAUCGAGCAAAUGAUUUUGGCUCGUGCCGCAGACAAUGAGAAAUUCCAGACAGAGUACGAGCAGCGUUUCCAGGAAUUCGAUACAACAGUGCGCAAGUCACGCAAUGAGUAUAAGAACUGGCUGGCCGCUGUAGGCGAAUGCGAACGAAAGGACAAAAAACUAAUGGCCAGACCACAUUCUGUCAAGGAUUGCAGCACAGACUCACGCGAUUCACAGCACUCGGCCGAUGAUGGCGGCGCCAAGACACAGGAAGCCACUGAUACUGAUAAACUUGGAGGCGGCGAACCCAUCUCUACACGCUCUAGCGAUGAAGCCAAGGAGAGCGAUCUCAAGACACCGCUCUCCUGCAAAAGCAAGCGUCGCGGCAUGCGUCUACGGCGUCGUCGUCGCAAGAUUGCCCAAUCGGAUGAUAGCUCGUGCUACGACAGCGAAAGCGACAUGGACACUGAUUUCUAUAGCGAUGAGGAGGACUACACCGAUCUGAGCUCCAACUUCGAUACUGAUUUCAGUGACAUUGAUGUCGCCGAGCCCGAUGAGGCGCCAAUUGCAGACUAUGCCAAGAAGGAACGUGCUGGACGCCAGCAAGCAGGUGCUGAUAACUAUUCAGAUGGCGAGGAUGUGGUAAUUGAGGAGGUGCGACUUGUCUAUCCAGAUGAACUAGAACGUCGCCCUAACUCCCAAGAAAUCGAUUCUGAGGGAUUGUUGCGGAGCUUCGAAGUGCUACAGUUGAAUUUCAAGAGCGCCGAGGAUCCUUUGGCUAAUUUGGCAGCUGCAGCUGGCACGGCAUCGCUGGCCCCAGAUGCCGGCAUUGAUGGAGCUCAAGUACCACCGGUUACCAUCUCGGAGCCGCCAAAGAAACUAGUGUAUCGCAACAAGUACACCAAGAUUAAUCCCAACAUCAUUAUCGAUUGUCUGCACAAUGAGCCCACCAUUCGAGCGCUGAAGAUGCUCUUCGACUGGCUCCGCAUCAAUCCAGAGAUAUUGAUUGGUUGCUAUCACUCGAAUCCCGAAUUUGUGCACAAGAUCAUGAAGUUGCUGAACUACUGCAACAUUGAUGUGUUCACACGCAAGGUUUACUUUGAACGCGAUCUGCUGACCACCAGCAAUGUGCGAGAGGCGCUCGUCGAGCUUUUCGAUGUGCGCGCCAAUGUCCCACUCACCGAGGACUUUGCUUUUAAGAACUUCGACAUCUUCCAGAGCACUCAAAUCACCCUUGACUGGGAGACUAUCAUAAGGGAGCGUGUAACGCCACAGGAAGAAUCCAUAUUGCGCAUCUUCAAGAUGGUUGAUUUCGGUUUCUUUAUCUGCAAACAGAAGAAGUUUAACUAUCGCUUCUGUGUCAAGACGCGUCGCUUCACCGAGAAUCAGAAGAAGAAACGCGAAGAGAAGAAGGGCGGCUGCUCCCGACGUCGCGAACGUCGCACGGCUCCAAAAACCACACGCAAACGCAACGAGGGACGCACACGUCGGUACUCGGAUCGCAAGAAUGGCAUCGUGCGCAAGAGCUACACCAGCAACGAGGAGAAGGACACCGUCGAGGAGUGCCGCAAGGUACCACGCAAGGGCUAUCUACGCAAUCGGAAUGCGGAGAAGGCAGCUGCUGUGAUUGCCAGUGCAACAGGCACAUCGGUGGCUGGCGGCACCUCAGCUUCAGCCUCGACUACGACAAAUAGCGUCAUUGAGAAACUGAAUCUGCAGUCGAGCAGCGGCGCCGAUGAGGAACGCUCCGAGGCCAUGUCCAAGAAAUGUGAAAUUAUGGGCAAGCUCUGGCUGCAAAACGAGGUCGAAACCCUCGAGGAGGAACUACGUGACAGUCCCGCACACGUCGUGAUGUCGCCGUUUGUUGUUGUAGACGCCAAGGCAUUGACAGAAUACAACGGUAUUGUGAAGUCCCUAGUAAGGACCAAAAAGUGUAUUGUUCUCAUCCCCAAUGCUGUGCUCAACGAGCUGGACGAGCUAAAGAAGCGCAGCGAGAAUGUGCGUCACGUCAUACGCUGGCUGGAGCAGGAGUUUAAGCAUGGCAAUCGCCAUCUGCGCGCCCAGCGCGACAAUGAGAGUCAGCCGCUAUCGCUGCUCAAGAUCUCACGCAAAAUGGAUCGUGAUGCAUCAGUAUUUUUAAAAAUAGCACAGUUCUGCAAUCAUCUUGUAGCCAAUCACGCCGAUCCGCAUGUGAGUGAGCUGCAAAAGAACGUGGUCACAUAUCUAUCAGGAGAUAAUCUACAUGAGAAGAACCGUCAGCAGCAGAACUUCAGUUACACCGGCAUUCUCGACUCCAUACCCGUUCGCUAUGCCCAAAUCCAAAGCUUCUAUGCCAAGUUUAAGGCCAACAAAAAAUGAGUGACGACCAGAAGCGGACGCUAGGUGGCAAAUGCAAGGCAACUGCAGAUGCAAAUUAUGCAAGGAUGCAAGCGUGUGUUCUCUGUACAACCACAAAAAACGACAUGGAGUUCCAAGUUAACGAAGUUUCUCUCAAGACGCGACCAGCGGGCAACGGCAACCAAAUCAACCAACCAGCGAUCGCUGAACCACCUCAAACAAAGUGGGUUGUUUGUCUGUUUGUUGUUUGUUUGACUGUUGUUGUGAUAGAAGCAGCAGCAGUCGCAGCAGCAGUUGUUGUUGUGGUUGUGGAUAAUUUUCACCAACAAUCAAUUAAAAAAACAAAAAGCAAUCAUAAGCAGCAUCAACAACAACAACAUCAGAGAACAACAUCAUAAUAACAUCAAAUCA